AUGAAUCAUGAUAGGCCUUUGACAUUAGCUGCUUUCUUGAAAGUUAAUCCACCGAAGUUCAAGGGUACGACUGUAGCAACUGAAGCUGAUAAUUGGUUCCGAGGCAUAGAAAGGUCCUUGAGGGCACAGCAUGUCCCGGAAGAACAGUAUGUAGAAUUUGCUACUUAUAUGUUGGAAGGGGAUGCUCAGCACUGGUGGCAGGGCAUUCAACGUUUACUACAGCAAGAUGAGGGUAAUAUUUUGUGGGAUAUUUUUAAAGAAGAGUUCUAUAAGAAGUACUUUCCUAGAGCUACUCGUGAGGCAAAGGAGAUGGAGUUGAUGCAGUUAAAACAGGGAAGUAUGUCUGUUGCUGAGUAUACAAGGAAGUUUGAAGAUUUAUGUCAUUUUUCCAAGGUUUGUCAAGGGAAUCCAACAGAUUUCGAAGAGUGGAAAUGUUUGAAAUUUGAAGGAGGACUCCGUGAAGAUUUGUUGAACUCAGUGGUUCCAUUGGAAAUACAGAAUUUUGUGGAGUUGGUUAAUAAGAGUCAGCUAGUAGAGGACUGUGCUAAGAAGAUAGCUGCAGCUCGGAUGAAUCGCCCAGGAUCUUCUUUUUAG